AUGGCGCCCACAGCUACCGACGUCCGCAACAACGAGGGCAUCGCCAACUACACCAAGUUCUGGCAGAAGGACUCCAAGGAUGACUCGGCUACCGACAUGGCAAACCGUCUCUCCGAGUACACCUCGGUAGUCAACGGCUACUACGACGGCGCCACCGACCUCUACGAGUACGGAUGGGGCCAGAACUUCCACUUUGCCCGCUACUACCCCGGAGAGGCCUUCAUGCAGGCCAUCGCUCGCCACGAGCACUACCUCGCACACCAGAUGGGCCUCAAGCCCAAGAUGCGCGUCCUCGACGUCGGAUGCGGCGUCGGCGGCCCCGCACGCGAGAUCGCUCGCUUCGCAGACGUCAACAUCGUCGGCCUCAACAACAACGAAUACCAGAUCCAGCGCGCACGCAAGUACACCGAAAAGGCCGGCCUCUCUGCCCAGGUCGAGUUCGUCAAGGGAGACUUCAUGAAGCUCGACGAGCAGUUCGGCGAGAACAGCUUCGACGCCGUCUACGCCAUCGAAGCCACCUGCCACGCUCCCAACUUUGAGGGCAUCUACGGCCAGAUCCAGAAGGUACUCAAGCCCGGCGGAAUCUUUGGCGUGUACGAGUGGUGCAUGACCGACGCCUGGGACGCCUCCAACCCCGAGCACAAGCGCAUCGCACACGGCAUCGAAGUCGGCGACGGCAUCCCCGAGAUGCGCUCCAUCAAGGCCGCACGCGAUGCCCUCAAGACCGUCGGCUUCCAGAUCGAGCACGAGGAGGACCUCGCCGACCGCGGAGACAAGAUCCCCUGGUACUACCCCAUCGCCGGCAGCCUCCGAGACUGCCAGACCGUCUGGGACUACUUCACCGUGGCACGCAUGACCAAGAUCGGACGCGCGACUACGCAGACCGCCGUCAAGGUCCUCGAGACCCUGCGCCUCGUCCCUCAGGGCACCCACUCGGUGGGCGAAUCGCUCGUCACAGCUGCCGACGCGCUCGUCGACGGCGGCCGCACCAAGCUCUUCACCCCCAUGAUGCUCUUUGUCUGCCGCAAGCCCGCCUCCAACUGA